GAAAAAGCUUGCGUGUUCGGCACAUGUGGGUAGACCGAAAUGAUCAAACUACUUAGAAAGAAGGAGAUUUUGCUUGUAGCACAAAAAGGUAAAACUAAAACUAUGUAGCCAUAGGUCAUGCUAGACACAACUUGUUAAAUAGAGGAUAAAUUAAUGCGACUACAGUCUUGUCCAACUAGAAUUCGCGAUGUACUAGGAUAACGCGGCGGUAGUUACAUACUCGGUGCAGCUUGUGUUUGUCCACUCAUUGCUCCACUACUUCGCUGCUACAUCAUCACUACUUGUGGAAUGGUUGCUCCACUACUUGUUCAAUCGCUGCUACUUCAAGAGCAAGAAAGUUAAAGUCACGCUAGUUUUUUUUUGUCAAAGUCACGCAAGUUUUUUUUUAAGUACUAUAGUAAGUACUAUCUAUACAUAGUAACUGUAACAUACAACGCUGUCGUGGUUCGCAGAUGUGACACGUCUGGAUGGCAAAUGAAGAAGAACUGUCAAGCUCGUGGUCAGGUCACACAGGGCUACCUGAGUCGUGCCUUCUGCAUACAAGCGCUAUUUCGUUCCAGUUGGUGGCUCCAGGUCGGGUCAUCAGCCACCACGCACAUAACGUCGAUAGAGCGCUGCAGUGCGAUCUUCUCAUGUGGUGCAGUUCUCGAACCCUGAAGCGCUACGUUGGUUUAGGGCUUAACCACGACUGAGGUAUUUUGUUCGGCGCCCAUCGAUUUGUUUCAUGCGUACGACCUCGGUCGACGUGACUGACGACGUAACAAAGUGCGACGACGUCCAUUUUUUUCAUCACUCUGGAAUUGAGGCAGCAGCAGCAGCAGGAAUAUUCGAUUGUGAAAGCUGAAAAGAACAGCUUCCCAGGAAAGGGCUCGACGCAAGAGCAGCAAUUGGAGAGAUGUUGCCCACCAAUACUCAACAGGAUGUUCUGGAUCUCUCACAGGGAAGAGGCGGCCCGCGGAGUUCAUGGACGAUGACCUCGCUGAUGGUGAUCGGAUUAUUGGUUAAGGCUCAAGAGGAGCGGUUUGGAUUCCAUUUCCCUAUAUUUCCUUGUUGAAUAAAUAUUCUUGAGUUUCUAAUUCGAGAACAGCGAUGGCGGGAUACGAUACUGCGGUAGUUAGUGGGACCAUCGACUUUAUGGCGGAAUCGCUGAAGUUCCCGAGAAAGGACGAUACUUUCCAGCGGACUGCAGUGGUAGCAUCCACGACGAUAUGCGCCAUGCUUAGCGCAUGCGCGCAGGUGCUUAGCACUACAGGACAAAGUUUCGGUACUUGUGUGACUUGACUUCUAAGAAACAACUACAGUGUGUAACAGGAAGAGAAACUGAAACUGGAUUACCCAUCAUCAUCAUGACUGUUUUGCAGGAUGAUCAUUUUCUCCAAAGAUCGACUUUUCAGUACUCCUCCUCUUUUUUCGAACUUAUCUAUUCGACCUUUGGUUUCUUUCAUCAGGCAGACGGCCGGUCCUCUGCGCAGGGAUACUCCUACACUUCGUCGGAACAACGAUGUGCGUAUUUGCUACUGAGUACUGGUUUCUGAUUGCAGGGAGGUCCGUUGUCGGCCUAGGCGCAGGCUUUAUCUUUGUGGUGCUGCCGAUGUACCUAGGCGAAUGCUCUGCAGCAAGCUCUCGUGUUAUGGCCUACUAAAAGUACAAGUAACAUAGUAUGUAAGUCGAUCUAGAACCAUUGAUUCACAUCUCCGCACAGGUCAGGUCAGGAUCAUGUACUCUUGGAAUCAAUACGAUCAACAUUUUCAUCAUUCUUCUUCACGAACGUUCUCGCUGUCUUUCUUCUACUUCGUUACCCUCACCUCUCCUCUAAUCGCUGUUGUUCUACAACUUGUAGUCAAUGGCUCCACUCGGUGUCUACAACUUGUCAAGUCCAGUGGCUCUAAUCGGUGUUCUGCCGUGGCGAGUUUGGACCUCUUUAUCGUCCUCGGGCAAGUUGUGGCGGCGAUAGUGAAUGUAUCCUUACAGGAACUUCUGCCCGAUAA